AUGCCACGUAAGCUACGUAAGAAUAUACGUAAGAGGAAGAGAGCAUUGAAACAUCCAAUAGUAAAACUGACACCACAACAACAGUUGCAACAACAAAUGAUGAAUGACCCCACUAUGUUGCAACAAAUGUCAAGCAACCCUAUGCUUUUAAACCGAGUUAUUGGUGCACAGAGCGGAGGUUUAAGAGCGGCACUUUUAGCGAAAAUGGCAGGCUAUGGUGGAGCUGCAGACGGAACAGCUUAUAACCCUCAAAGUCAAAUGAAUUUGAGUUCACUCAAAAAUCAAAUAACAGAUGUCAAAAAGUCAAACAUAGACAUACAGAAACAAAUAAGUGAAAACGAAAAGAAACUAGAAUAUGACAGACAGACAAAGAAACUCAAUGAGUUAAACGUAGAGAAAAAGAAGAAAGAAGAACAACUGAAAGAACUAAGUACAGAGGAAUAUGCGAAAAAAGUGUCAGAAAAAGCAGCAGAAGUAGCAAAAAUGGAACAAGAUGUUAUAAAUUUGAAAAACCAUACUACUCAAUAUAAAGUACUGAAAGAUGAAGAAAUAAAACAAAAAGCCCUGAAGACAUAUAUGGAUAGCGAUGAGUAUAAAAAAGAAGUUGAAGCAAAUGUAAAGGCAGAAAAACUUUUACAGUUGCAAAACCAAACCGUACAGUAUGAAAACUUAG